GAUGUAAAUAUGUAAGCGUUGCGGGUACUUAAGCUCCCUUUGCCACAAGUCUCCCCCUGAAAUCAACAUGAGCGUCCCACCUUCUCCUCCAGGCGGUAGACGCAAGGGACCAAAAUCGCUACCAAAGCUGCCUCUAUCAGCUUUUACCCCGCCUAAUUCAGGAACUUCAGAGAAAUUUCCUCUCGCGCCCAGUCCUUCAACUGUUCACCCUGAAACUGUUAUCGAUGCCAACGUCGUAGCUCUCAACGAUGAUUCCUCUCUUUCUCGCUGGAAAAUUGAAGCCGGCCCACACUUGGGCAGUCGUAUCGGUGGAAUCGUCGUCUUGAUGUCCAGUGGCGAUGAAGACUCUCUUUCGAAGUUGAACGUUCCAGUGGUAUCAGUAAUGGUGCCCUUCAGUUUGGACAACUCUGAUCGUCCUACUUCGCUACCAACGUCACAUCCAGUUUCUUUGACGACUGUUUUCACCGGAGUUACAACCAACUCAGUCGAAAAUCUUAAAUGGGCUCUACAACAGGGCCGGCCGGUUGAUAUCGAUAUUCACGCCGAUCUGACGGACGACGUGUUCGAAAGCUUCGAAGACCUGUUGUCCAAAUCAAUGGCUGAUGUGUCUCCGAUUCCUCCCAUCAUCCUUUCCAACCUGUUACCUCCUCCUAAUGACCUUGAACUUCCCAUUGUAAAAUUGAUGAAUCAUCCUGUCUAUCGAAAAUUCCAGGCCCAGAUUGCAGCCUUGAGUCUGUUCCCGCAAGUGUCGAUCAAGUAUCUUCCUCCAUCCUGGGACGUUGAAACACCCCCCACACCUUCCGUCAUGGUCGCUAGUCCUAUUGAUGACAACAAACAAAAGAAGGAAUGGAAACGAAGAAUCAAGAUGUACUUGGGUCCGGUCAUGGAGGCCUUUGGUUACCAACGCAUCAUCUUUGGCUCUUCACCAUCAGCAUCUUCCAAGGUAUCGUCGAAAGCUGGUGAUUGGUACGAAAUUGCGAGGGAGUCAUUCGCUGAACUCGGGGUUGAACAAGAGGCUGUUGAUGCCGUAUUUUGGACGACUGCAAAGAAGAUUUAUGCGUAAAGUACAAUCAUUUAACAGUAAUAUCUGCUUGGAAAAAAUAUGUAUCGUAUAUUAUCUGUUGUUUUUUCGCUAUCAGUACUGGGAUUUUAAUAUAUUUAGCUCUGUCCUCC